CAACCAUGAACAUAGUUUGGCUUAUGCUCUUGAUGGUUUUCUCCAAUGGGUUGUCUUCUGAUGGGAUUAUUAAUACCGCAAGACCUGGUUUUGUGAACAUUGGGGCUAUUUUAUCUUUGAACUCUACCAUUGGAAAAGUUGCAAAAGUUGCUAUAGAGGCUGCAGUUGAUGACGUGAAUUCCAAUUCAUCAUUUCUCAACGGAACGAAGCUGAGACUUGCAAUGCAAGACACCAAAUACAGUGACUUUCUGGGAAUAGUAGAGGCUUUAAGUUUCAUGGAGAAUGAAACGGUUGCCAUAAUCGGUCCACAAUUCUCAGUCACGGCUCACGUGAUCUCCCAUAUCGCAAACGAGCUUCAUGUUCCUCUACUUUCAUUUGCUGCAACGGAUUCCACUCUGACUUCACUUCAAUUCCCUUACUUUGUAAGGACAACACAGAGUGAUCUCCACCAAAUGGCGGCGGUGGCUGAGCUCGUCGGCUUCUAUGAAUGGAGAGAUGUGAUAGCAAUCUAUGUAGAUGAUGAUUUUGGGAGAAACGGGAUUGCUGCAUUGGGUGAUCAACUGGCUGAGAAACGCUGCAAAAUCUCUUACAAAGCUCCUCUGAGUCCAUAUAAGAACCCUGAAGAAAUUACCUCUGCUCUACUCCAGGUUUCUUUGAUGGAGUCCCGGAUUCUUGUCCUGCACAUUUAUGCUACGUGGGGUCUACAAGUACUUAGACAGGCCAAGAGACUCCAUAUGAUGGACACAGGAUUCGUAUGGAUUGCUACUGAUUGGCUCUCCACCAUAUUAGAGACUGACCCUUCACUCCUUUCAAAGGAUUCAGAUAACCUUCAAGGUGUCCUGACCUUGCGUAUGCACACGCCGGAAUCUCCACGGAAAAUGAACUUCGUUAACCGGUGGAGCAACUUGACAACCAAAGAAAGGAAAGCUAAUGACCCUUUUUGGCUGAACACCUAUGGUCUAUAUGCUUAUGAUACUGUUUGGCUUCUAGCUCAAGCAAUCGACUCAUUUUUCAUCAAUGGAGGGAAAGUUUCCUUCUCGAAUGAUUCGAGCUUGAGGGGAUUACAUAGAGGAAGCAUGCAUCUUGAUGCUAUGAGCAUCUUUGAUGGAGGAGAAUCUCUUCUGCAUAGCAUUUUGCAGGUCAAUACAACUGGUGUAACCGGACCAAUCAGAUUCGACACAGAAAAGAAUAUUGUUGAUCCUGCUUAUGAGAUCAUCAACGUGAUUGGAACAGGGGUUAGGAGGAUCGGUUACUGGUCAAACUUUUCUGGGUUUUCGAUUUCUCCUCCAAGGCAAGGCCUGAAGAUGCAGCUGAAGAAUACAUCCAGUUCUCGCCAACAACUCUACGGUGUGAUUUGGCCUGGACAAACAACUCAGAAGCCUCGAGAUUGGGUUUUCCCUUACAGUGGAAGACAUUUAAGGAUUGGAGUUCCAUUGAGAAUUAGCUACCGCGAGUUUGUCGCGCGUGUCGAUGGCUCAUCUGAUAUGUUUAGUGGAUAUUGCAUUGAUGUGUUUACUGCCGCACUGGAUCAGUUACCAUAUGGAGUCCCAUAUAAGUUUGAUUCAUAUGGUAAUGGCCAUAGUAACCCAUCAACUACAGAUCUUCUUCACAUGAUCGCACAGGGUAACUUUGAUGCCGUGGUAGGCGAUGUUACAAUCACAACAAGCAGAGCAAAGAUGGUGGAUUUUACUCAGCCAUAUAUAGAAUCAGGGUUAGUGGUGGUUGCCCCAAUUAGAAAGUUAAACUCAAGUGCUUGGGCUUUUCUAAGACCUUUCACUCCAAUGAUGUGGUGUGUGACUGGUAUAUUCUUCCUAGUUGUUGGGGCAGUUGUAUGGAUCUUGGAACGUAGGACCAAUAAUGAUUUCCGAGGCCCUCCCAGAAGACAAGUUGUGACAAUUAUGUGGUUUAGCUUUUCAACUUUGUUCUUUUCCCACAAAGAAAGAACUGCAAGCACUUUGGCUCGGUUUGUGCUGAUAAUAUGGCUAUUUGUGGUCUUAGUACUUAACUCCAGUUACACUGCAAGCCUGACCUCAAUACUCACAGUGGAGCAACUAUCUUCACCAGUAAAAGGGAUUGAAAGUUUGGUCACAAGCAAUGAACCAAUAGGCUAUAUGCGUGGUUCAUUUGCCUUAAACUAUCUAACCGAUGAACUAAAUAUCCAUAUGUCCAGACUUGUUCCCUUCGACUCCCCUGAAGAAUAUGAUAAAGCCUUGAAGGCUGGUCCAAGCGGAGGUGGGGUUGCUGCUGUGGUCGACGAGCGUGCUUAUAUGGAGGUUUUCCUUUCUACUCGGUGUGAAUAUAGCAUUGUUGGUCAAGAAUUCAUCAAAAUGGGUUGGGGAUUUGCUUUUCCACGGGACUCACCGCUAGCAAUCGACAUGUCAACAGCAAUAUUGAAAUUAUCAGAGAAUGGAAAUCUUCAAAGGAUUCAUGACAAAUGGCUGAUGAGAAGUGCUUGCAGUUCAGAAGGUGCAAAGCAAGAUGUGGAUCGUCUUCAUAUCAAAAGCUUUGGUGGUCUAUUUCUGUUAAGUGGGAUGGCUUGCAUUCUUGCUCUCCUUCUCUAUCUCAUCAAAAUGAUACGUCAGUUCUUUAAGCAUUCUAGAGAAAACUCUCAAUCUGUAAGUCUUCGUUUGUUUCUUCAAUUCCUUAAUCAAAGAGAAGAAGAUCUACAAAACCGUUCAAAGAGGAGGAGAUCAGAAAGAGCCUCAAAUAGAGUAGUUCAUGAGGAUGGACCAAUCGUCUUUUAGUAACAUAUAUACUAAUUUGUAUUAAUGGACCAAAAAAAUCUUAGCAAGAAAACAAAAAUGGACCAAAAAAAAUCUUCGCUACUUUUUUUUUUUUUUGGGUAAUAUAGUGUAGGAGCAUCUUAA